UAUAUAUCUUAGCAUCACACAGCAACAACAACAGCUCCGACACAAAGAAAAGCGAAAUGUCGAUCGUCAAGCAAUUUAAAGGCAACAAAAUUUUGAGCUCGGCAGAGUUCGUUUCGCUGUUUAAAAAGUAUGACAAAGAUGGUAUGUAUCUGCAUAGAUCUUACUAAAAACGCCUACGCGUCGGUCAUUUCGCGCUAUCUAAAGUUUUCCCGUUCCCGAUAUAUCUAUAAAUGUUUUUCUAUGAUAGGAAAUGGCUUGAUAGAAACAAGCGAGUUGGAUUCCUUCCUUAGCGACCUUUGCGAAGAGCUCGGCGAUGAAGUAAGGGAUAUAUGAAUAUAUUUAGUUAGAAGUCCGUAUCUGUACCUACAAUAUAAUAAACCAAUUUUGACUUUUUGCUAUAUAAAUAUAAAGUGCAAUAUUCAAUAAUGGAUGCGGCGUACCAAGCCACUUUUCCUCUGCAGAUACAAGCUCCUAACAAGCAUUUUCACCUUAAUUAUGAAGCUGGGAUAAAUAAACAACAUAUACAGUCAUUUGGCUAUAUAAAUAUAUGCACAAAAUAAAUAUAUAUAAACCUAUUUUGCUAUAUAGAAAUAUAUAUAGGACAUUUUGGAGUCAAUAGACAACAGCUAGGUCAAUGCAUCAUGCAUAUCCAAGGCAAACGAAAACAGCUAUAUGGCGCAACGAAAUAAUUUGUCCUGUAGUAUGAAGUCUUAUAUAGAGCCAUGUUUAGGCUUUUGAAGAAGGGAAACUUGUUUAUGUCUGGGGUUGUAUUAUAUACUACAUGCAAGAUGUUAUAAAUAAUACAAAAUAAUCUGUCGCGUUGUUUGUGACAGUUUACUUUGGCGACAUUUUAAUUCCAUUCCUUUCAUUUCAUUUGCAUCCCUUACGCGUAUAUGUUAUGACAACUAUAUGUAAAGCAAUUCGAAUGCGGGGGUGAUGCAUGCACACAAUUUCCUUGCGAUUUUAAGAUAACAUUGCGUCGUAUCCGAAAUUGCGUUAGAGGCAAAAAUCACCUCGUUUAACAUGGCCUUGACUGCAGUAGAACGCUACACAUACACUAUCACGGCAAGAUAUCUUUGUUAAAAGUGACUUGUCAUGUUUAAACUUUGUAUACAAUAGUAGUAUAGCACAAUAGUAUAGCACUAUAGUAUAGCACUAUAGUAUAGUACUACAGGGUGUCCCGAAAAAAAAGUAUACCUUUUGAAAUUUUCCUAUUGUAAUUAAUUUGAAUGCCUGCAUGAGUAUCAUGCCGAACGCACGGAAGCUUAAAAUACAGGUUGUAUUGAAAAACGAGACCCAGUUAAUAAACAACUCUAUUCUUGUUAAGUACAAGAUUUUCUAUUCCAGUGGGAAUUUAAAAUAGCUUUCUAAUAUUAUAAAAGGAGAGUGACUAUGCACAAAAAUGGUUAAAUUACUAAUCAGUCGUACCGUCAGCUCGAGCAAGAAUUGUUCAAAUGACCAAGGAGUAAAGAGUCUUGAUCGUUUAAAUUAUACGCAAACUCAAAGUACACUGCAUAAAAUUCGAUUCAAUUGUGUUUGUGCACACAUGGGUUCAGUAUGGUAAUAAGGCAUUCAAGUUCCAACAAAGGUUUGAUGUCAAAAGGUAUACUUUCCUCACGACACCCUGUAUAUAGUAGUAUAUUGUACUAUACUAUACUAUAGUAGUGUAGUAUACUAUUCUAUAGUAUACUAUACUAUAGUAUACUAUACUAUAGUAGUAUAGGCUAUCGUACAGUGCCGAAAAAUGUCAGUAGCAAUACAUGCAAGCAUGCAUGCAUGUAAUGCAUCAACAUGAUAUAUGCAUCAACAUGAUAUAUUUACGAGUGUGUUAAUUUGGUUCACCAAAUGCUAAAGAGUGCUCGAUAUCAUACAAAUAGAACAGAUAGUCUAUUUCAUACACGAGGAACCCAAUGAUUCCUCUUAGGCAGCAGUGUCAAACGUUCGAGGAAAGCGAAACAAUACAUGAUAUAUAUACAGUAUAUAUGCGAUAUAGCUGCAAUCGACUUUGAUAAACGGUGAAAAUUUUUAAAAAACAUCUUUUUUUGCAUAUAUUCCUAAUCAAAUGAUAAACUAAAAUACAUGAAAAUAAGCAAAACAAAAUUCAGAAAUGCACUAUGCAUUUAUAGUUGAUUGUAUAAAUUUUUAUUUUGUAGCGAUAGAUCCCAAGCUAAUGCGUUCAAUGCCAAUCUAUAUAUAAUUGCUUUCAUUCGCUUGUUCAGGAAACCGAAAACUAUAAUCCUUAAAAAUCCGCCCAAAAUCUGUUUGAUUUACAAUAACGCGUGCAUGGGAGUGAAAUUCAACACGCGCGAUUGGAGAUUUUCAGAUAUAGAAAAAUGAAACUUAACAUAAAAUAAUAAUUAAAAAAUCUUCAAAAUCCUAAAAUGCGCUUGACCUUAUGAAUCUUAUAGAAGGUUAUUAUCCAUUGUCAAGAACAGCAUGUCUGCAUUUUUUCCAACCUUUCGCGGCUGGGAAACAUAUAAGUAUUUAAAACUACGAGAAAUUGAUGAUGAUAGAUUUUCCCUCUAUAUUAAAAAUACACAAAUUUGCCCGAUUAGGCAAUUUUAAGUCUAACAGUAAACUCUGGACAUUGUCGGGAAAUACAUGUAAAUAUCCGAACAAGUCAUUACUCAAAAUGCAAAAUUUUCGCGUUUUCUAAUAACAAGCUGAAAACACUCGGGCGUGCAGCUGUUGUGAAGGUGUUUUAUAUUAGCAAGACAAAAGCGCGCAAUUUGUUGGAAGAGAAAGGUUUUUCUAGAACAAUGCACUUUAAAUUCGUUUAACAGAUAGGCUGUUGCCGACUUGAUAAAGUUUAGGGUAUUUUCGUUGGAAAUUCCUAGCGAAAAAGUAAUAUUAGUACAUAUAUAUAUAUAUAUACAUGCAUAUUUUUUUUUACGACCUAUAACGGUUCAAGUUGCAAAGAAUGCACUAUGAAUGUCCUAUCCCAGGAAACAUUUUGUUCUGACGAGCCGGCGAGAUGCCAAAAGUUCAGACUGGAUAUUAAAACAAUCAAAAUUAGUCGCGACUUACAUAAGACGCGACUUAAAUAAGUGGAGUUAUCGCAUAAAUGGUUCUCUACGGCUUUGGUCUUAUUUAUUUGCUAUAGCUAUAAUGUUGUUUUGUUUGUUUUUGUUUUAAUAUGCAAGGCAUUAAAUUUUACGUUGUUUCAAGUUUCUGGCAAGUGUAGUUAAAUUUUUUGUCUAAAAUUUCUUAUUUAAGACGCGACUUAAAUAAGAACAGCUAAAAGUCCUGUUCUUACGUAAGACGCGUCUUAUCCAAGACGCGUCUUACAUAAGAAUUUUGUACCUUUUAUACCACAAACUCGCGUCUUACUUAAGUCGCGUCUUAUGUAAGUCGCGUCUUAUUUUGUUCCGUAUAAAUGGCCCUAAUGUGCAACCAAUAUACUUUCUGUGUAUAUACACUGCAAUUUGCACGCACGAGUCUACGACAAAGAUAGGAAGAAGAGCCGACUCGAAAUAUACAGCAAAUUAAAAAAAAGUUGUUCUUUGUAGACCUUAAAUUCUAAACCUUAAACCUUCAACUCUAAGCGUGCAAAGCAUAAUGGCAGCACAUUAAAUCAGUUUAGAAAUCACAUAUGGGACCCAUUUCUUAGAGACAUGGUAAAUAUCUCCUUGCGUUACGAGAACAAUGGACCUUUCCCCUUAUAACUAAAAUUUCGAUCUAGACAAAAAUUUCAUCACAGCUUGAAAGAGCAUCACAAAAUUAGUAAUAUUCCAAAGUUUCGUUGCGAAAUGUUGUAAAAUGCGGAUAAUAUAGCCUUGCGAAGUUUGCCAUUUUUCAGUCAUUUUGUAUUACAAACGGAAAUUGACAUACGAUUCGGGUGUUGGGGCUGCAAUUUCCCGUUUGUAAUCUAAAAUGACUGAAAAUUGCAAACUUUGCAAGGCUCUAUUUUCCUCAUUUUACAACAUUUCGCAACGAAACUUUGGAAUAUUACUAAUUUUGUGAUGCUCUUUCAAGCUGUGAUGAAACAUUUGUCUAGACUUGCCUAGAUCAAAAUUUUGGUUAUAAGGGGAAAGGUCUAUUCAUUCACAAAUAGUUGCGAUAUUCAACUGCUAACUUUGGAACUUGUGCUCCUAUUAAGCUUGCGCGCUUAGAGGUUUAGAGUUUAAUGUCUGCACUAGAACAACUUUUUUUGAAUUAGCUGUAUACUGUCAUUACUAUACUUUCGAGUAUGGGAAGACUCUUGAGCGUUAAACCUCGUGUCAUUAUGAAAUUAUAAGUUCAAAUACACUGCAAAAAUACACGAUAAAAAUAAUAAAGAUAACAUGCAUAAUAAGUAUACUCCAGCGUAGAAAACCUCAAAUAUGGUUAGACCAUAAUUUUGGCGGCAUAAGUUCGUAAUCUUCAGUUUGAAUGUUUACGAUUAUUGAAUAGAUAUAGACUUCGAAAAGCCUAGAAGAUAAGCUUAAGUUUUGAAUUAUUUAUACACAGAAAGAAAAAAAAACCCCUUAAAUGAGACUUUAACAUGGAAAUAUGAAAUUAGAAUUCGAUGUCGUUCCGAAGCAGUUUACACAGGCGAUAAAUUAUUGGACAAAUAGCGCGGUUCAAAAAUUCAAAUAUAAACUUAUAUGCGGUUUUAAAUUAUUUAUUAGCUAUAUAUAUCUAUAUGUAUCUUACAUGAUGGAAAAUAUAUUGAACAUUAUAGAACUUUGCAUGUCAAAGCUGCAUGCCCAUAGAGACUAGGCUUCGUCAUCGAUGAUGCUAAGAUUGUGUUUUGCGAAUACGUUGACAAGUGGAUUAGUAUGCCAAAGGACGCUUGCGUUUUUUAAUUAUUUUAAUUAUUCAUGCGUUGCAAAGUGCUCAGCAGAUGGUUUACAAGCAAAAUUCAAGAUCAAUUUGUUGGCGCCGUGGGCUCGUGCAGGUGUUGUGACCGCCGUUUAACCCUGACUCGUGUCCAUAGAUGCUCGUGUCGACAUGGAGAUUAUAAAAAAUGGCGUAGGCAUUACGGGAAAAAUAGAGGGAGAAAUUAAAGCUUCCUAAUGGAGGCAAAUAACGCUUUCUGAUUGGUUAGAACAUUUUGUUGCCCGGAUUUAAAUUCUCAUUCUCGGAUGCAUAGUCCCGAUUUUUACACACAAGUCUUUUGUGUUUUUUGGGACUGAAUUUAUUUUAAUGUCGCUUAUUUCUUUAUCCGUGAUUUCCACCAAACGGCUAGUCGCCAUUUUGUAAACUAGUUUUUACUGUUAUUUAUUAUAUAAAGUAUAGUGCUUUAUAGAGAUUUCAAAAACUCAUUAAUAAUUCAUGAAGCAAUUAUCCAAUCUUGAGUAAGAAAUUAGUCACGUGCAUACGUCUUUAUACCAGCUAAAGAACACUUUAACAAAAGACUAUUGUUAUGCAAACUAUAUAAAGAUUUUUAUAUAAAGAUUUUUAUAUAAAGAUUUUUAUAUAAAGAUUUUUAUAUAAAGAUUUGACUUAUUAUGCAAACGUUUUUGAAGCCAUUUAAAAAACUCGCAGGUCGUGUUUUAUUAGGUCUAAAGCCACUCGCGCUGCGCGCUCGUGGCUUUAAACCUAAUAAAACACUCCUGCUCGUUUUUUAAAUAGUACUUCGAGCACUGAUAAAAGUGAUAAUCUCACAUGUAAGAUUAUUCAUGAUAAUCUCACAUGUGAAAAUAAUCGCUUUUCAAUUUAUCGCUUUUCUGUAAAAAUGAUCGCUUUUCAACACGAGAAAUAAAUCUGGUAUUUCCGCGCACCCAUGCAUGUAUUAUUCUCUAUAUAUUCACCUGUGGGUGAAUAUAAGGGAAUAUCACUUCAAAUUUUACCAAUCAGCACGUUGGAUUUCUUCUAUUCACUUGUGUAAAAAUACUAACGCAUGUUAUUCCAUUUACUGGACAUAUAGAACCAGCUGAAAUGUGACAUUAAAGAGCUGAAAUCGUUAGUGCUCUCGAAAUAUGACGUGAAUGCGGAUGGCAAGCUCAGCAUGGAGGAGGUACGCUAAAAUCUUUUUAAGAGUUUUCUAAGCAUGUUCCUCGCAUAUUAUACGUCUGGUUUCCCAGAAUACAGUUCAUUAUCUGUGAUAGUCUGAGUUUCUGGAAACCCAUGCUUGCUGCGUGGGCAUUCUCGCCAAGUCAAUUAAUGGCAAAGUCUAAUGCAUGGUAGAGCUGCUCGACAAUAUGCAUGCUUGUUUCUUUCUCUGGUUGACGUUUUAACUUUAAGUGAUAGUAUUAAAAAUAAAACCUCUUUUCUUGUGUUAACAGAUGAGUAAAGUUCUGCCGACUGAGAAGAACUUUCUUAUGAGUUUCCGUAAAAAUGUCAAACUCACAUCGGUGGAAUUUAUGGAGGUAAGAAUGAUGAAAGUAAUCUAUAAAAUUACAAUUAAUUUUAUAAGAGAUAUUGGUGGCUCAAUUUCACUUUACAUUUCUAGAUUUGGUUCCAUUAUGACUUGGACAAAAGUGGUUACCUAGAAGGCAGUGAAAUCGAAGUAUGUUGAUUACGGUUGAUUAGUGAAAGUUAUUGUGAGGGAGUCUCGAAUUUCAAUUUCCAACGGGCAUACGCUGCCUUACGAAAUUAGGGAAUUUUACGAGGGUAUGAGGUAGUCCGAGGGGUGUAUUUAUUGCUCGUACGAGGAUUUUUGAUGAUUUUAGGAUUUUAAAAAGGAUUUUGCAGAUUUUUAGCUAUAUUUCGUAGGAUUGUUAGUGAUUUUAUACGACAUUUUGGGGUUUGGGAUUCUAGGGAUUUUGGCAUGAUUUCAGGAUUUAUUCUUUUUUUCGGGAGGUGCAUGUACGUACAAGGAUUCUUGCAGUAAUACAGCCCUCGAAUUAGUCCUCAGGUUUAUCUUCCUCGAUUCUUUUAGGGCUUCAUUUACGACUUUUUGAAGAAAGCAGAGUGUGACGUUUCCCCAACGAAGAUAGAAUGUUACAAAGAUGACAUCGUAAGAAAUAUAAUGCAAUCUUAGUUGACAAUUUGUUAAUAAAACUGAAUGUUUGAAAAUUCCCGAUUGAGUGAUUUCAUUGAAACACGAACCUGAUUGAGAUUAUUUUCUUUUCAGUUAAAUACAAUUGAUACUGACAGAGAUGGGAAAAUUUCACUCACAGAACUAGCAGAGUAAGUUUUCUUCCACGGUUAUAUGGAAAUGCCCCCAUAUUUCUUCUUUAUUUUACUGUGUCUGACGCCAGACGAUUUUACUCGCCAAGGGGAAAGUCUAGCUGGCAUUCAAUGGGUUAGUUUCAUGGUUAAUUUAACCAGGACAUCCUAGUCAAAUAUAACCAUAUUCCAGGUUACAUUACCCAAACUAUGGUAGGAAAAAAGAUAAAAUAACCAGGAAAUUUAACCAGGAAUAUUAAGUUAACCCAAAUAGCUCAGGUUCAGGGGUGGAAAAAGUAUCGGAACCUGGGAACCUAGUUCCAAGAACUUUUUUUUGAGUUGAGAAUUUUGCAGAAAAUUUUCCAGAAAAUAUUUCAACAUUUUGAGACAACUCUGUUUACUCAACUUACAAGUUACAACUGUUCUACUUUAUUUACACUGUAUACACACUAACAUCAGCACCCUUUUAAAUAUUUGACGGAAAUUAAUUCUUUUACCCACCCCUUUCAUCAUAACGAGAUAAAAUGGUAAAUAUAUGCUCUGCAAAGUCUCCAAUAAAAUGCAAAUUAAAUAGUAAACAAAUAAAAGUGAACUGUGGUAAAAGACAACUAUUGCGAUGUACGAGCAUACAAAAACCUGCCUAAAGCCUAUUAUUACUAAAGUACAAAUAAUACAAUAAUUAUGCAUUUGUUUUGUUAUUUUUGUAAUUGUAACAUUGCAAAUUUUACAGAAAAUUUCUAGCCUUUGACCCAGGUUCCCAGAAAGAAAAAAAAUUUUCUACCCCUGCCCAGGUUAUUUCUGGAGUGUAAAUAUAGUGUGUCUCAAUACACUUAUCGAACAACCAUCUUUACACUGAAUUACAUUAUUUUGUUGCAAAUUUUAUUUACAAACUUAGACUGCUACCAGCUGGUGAAAACUUCUUCAAGAAAUAUGAGGUAUGAUAAUAAACUUACUGAGUAACAUGCAUGCUUAUGUGUAUUUGAACUACCUUAUUCAAUGCAGAUAUUUAAGGAAAGUUGACAGGGUGGGUUAGGAUAAACACAGUUAAGAAAGUAAUACCACAAUUGUAAAGGUAAAAUAGCCUAGGGAAACUAUGUAAUUAGGUAAGCGUAAUACUUGAUGUAUAAAAGAGGAUAUGAUCGUAUCCACGUGUAAAUUUGCGCUAUAGAAGUCAAUGCAACGUAUAAAUCAGACCUAUUUGAGGUUUAAUUGUUUUUUAGUAUACUUUAGUGUACUAUAUAAUUAUUUUGUCAUAGAAUAAACACAGGUUGGACCAAGGUGACUUCGAUGAAAUAUUUGAUCACUAUGAUAAGGUAAAAAUGAAGAAUCCACUGCUAUAAAUAAUAAAAGUGAGAC